CAGCACACGUGACGCGAGAAUUGUUGUUGCAGUAUGGCCGAGCAAGCGGUGACACUGAGCACAGGAGUGGUCAGCAGUUUGUGGAGCUACGUGGACAAAACAAUACAGUGGUGCUGGAUCCCCGGUUGGCUCCCAUCAUGGUGCCCCUCUUCUCAGAGCCAGCUAAAGGAUGCAGAGGACAUGAUGCUCCGAUGUGUAGACAGUUCUUUCUCCAAAAAGUAUGUCCCCAUAUCCAGUGACAACCUGCUGUGGACCUUGACCUUAAGCAAUGUCCGUGUGAAAGAGAAAACCCCUUUGGUUCUGCUCCAUGGGUUCGGCGCUGGUGUGGGCCUUUGGGCCCAGAACCUGGAUGCUCUCUCUCAGUGUCGGCCAGUCUUUGCUCUGGACCUGCUGGGUUUCGGUCAGAGCAGCAGACCUCGGUUCUCUUCAGACACAAAGGAGGUAGAGGACCAGUUUGUGGAGUCUAUUGAGCAAUGGAGAGCUAAAAUGGGUCUGGAGUCCAUGAUAUUGCUGGGACACAACCUGGGAGGAUACCUGGCUGUGUCAUACUCCAUUAAGUAUCCAGGCAGAAUAAAGCAGAUAGUUCUGGUGGAGCCCUGGGGUUUCCCUGAGCGCCCAGACACAGAAGAGUCUGACCGUCCCAUCCCGGUGUGGAUCAAAGCCCUCGGGGCCAUGUUCAGCCCAUUCAACCCCCUGGCUGGCCUGCGACUGGUCGGACCACUGGGUCCCACCCUUGUCCAAACUCUGAGACCUGACUUCAAGAAGAAGUUCUCCUCCAUGUUCAGUGACAACACUGUGUCAGAGUACAUCUACCACCUGAAUGUGCAGACCCCCAGUGGAGAAACGGCCUUUAAGAAUAUGACCAUUCCCUAUGGCUGGGCAAAGAGACCAAUGCUGCAGAGGAUGGACCAGCUGCAGCCGCAAAUCCCCAUCACCAUUAUCUACGGCUCCCGGUCCAGUGUUGACAGCCACUCCGGCAGCACCAUCAAAAAGAUGAGGCCCCACUCUCAUGUGGAGAUCAUUACGAUCCGUGGAGCUGGACACUACGUGUAUGCCGACCAGCCACAGGACUUCAACCACAGAGUGUUGCAAGCCUGUGAAAAAGUGGCCUGAAGCAGAGACGAGCCGUGCCAUUGAACUCUGGAGAAAAAGGGGAGCACCAGUAACUCCACGCAGAUCACCUAGGCAGCUGGUGUAGAACCACAGGCUUCCAAUUCCUCACGGCAGGAUUAAGGAGUGAUUGUACAUAGGAAUAUUCUAAAAAGAGGAUCACACUGAUGCUCACCAGUUGUAUCUACUGACAAGGGGAUUCAGUCAUGUUCUUAGAAAUUUGGUAAAUAUGAUAUGAGGGAUCAAGUCCACUCUUAAAUGCUACUUAACGGCGCUCCUACUCGAAGACAUGGCUGACGUCACAUGCUGCAUUCGAAAGCACAAACCAUGGCUGUGAUAUCUUGGUUAAUCUGUUUCCGCUUAAGUCACACAGUUUUUUCUCAGAACUGCCUCCCAAUGCAGUGAAGAAACAACCUUCAUUCAGCGUUGAGCACAUUUUGGUCCAUAUGUGUUCUUUAAUAUUUCCUACUGUUUUCCUAAUACAAAUAUGUGCAAUAAUUUGUAUAUAACUGAUAAAUACACAUUUAACAAUAUAUGAGUUUCAUUUCAUCCUGUUAUAUAUAUAUAUAAAUCAUAUGGAAAAUAUCAUAACUAGUACACCCUAAAGUACAUCAGACUGAAACAGAAUCAAUGUCAGUGCAUUCAAAGAGCUCAGUUACACUUCCUGUACAGAGCUUGAUCUCUGCGUUGUGGUUCUUCCAUAUAUUCUGAUACAGACAGGAAUUAUACUCAUCAGUAUAUAGUUCCACUGCAUCAGCACCAGGAAGUGGCUAUAAAUGAAUUUGCUGCCUGUAAUGUUCUUUUCUGUAGCUUCUCUUCUCUGGGAUUUUUUCAUGCUCUGUAGUUUAAGUUAAAUUUAAUUUUAACUGCAUUAAUUGUGAAUGAUCAAGAUUAGCAUUAGUCUAGCCCAGAAAUGAGCUGGAAACUAUGAAACAUAUAACUUUUGUUUUCCUGUAGCCCGCAGAGAGUAUACAGUUUACCUGUGUGACAGUGUGUCAGUAGAGAGGUGCCAAAGAUUUCCCACUGUACAGAAGCAGUCCAUACAGUACUAAUGAAGUUAGGGCCAAAUGAUAAUACAACUUCAAUUAGAUUUGUAAAACGCCAAAUCAUAACAAGCAUUAUCUCAAGACUCUUUACAAAUUAAGUUCCUGACCUUAAAAAUGAUGUACACCCAACAAUUGCCACAAUUUGCUUUUUUUUUUGUCGAGGGUUUUUUUUCCACAAGCCCUCGACACACAAUCUUCAUCUCUGAGAGUUCAAGCAAAAACAACAUAAUUUUAAAGCAUUUUAGAGAAACUGUCAAUUGAAAUUUCUUAUUUGUAAACUGGAAGCCCAACUGACAGUAACUAUUACGCCUGUUUAUUUCUUUUCAUGGUUGAUGUGCAGACCUAAAUGUCUGAAUUCUGUCUUUAUAACAGGGGUCUGUCCAUUUUUAGUGACAGUGCAACGUGGCAGUGUAUACCCACACACUUCACAUAUCACACUUAACUGUUUUCUUGCUAUUUUUCUGUACUCUACAAAUUUAUUACAGAUUGCAUUCUGGGGGUAUACCAAGCAUGAAAGGGUUCAACAAGGUAUCAGGUGGCAUUGUGGGAAUUGUAGGAUCUAGCGAUUGAGAUGGACACAUACUAGGGCUAAUAGUCAGGAUAUGUCUGACAACAUAAUCACUGAUGUGCCCCUUACAGGGAGUAACUGCAGUGUUUCAAUGUAAAUUGAAAUACUUGUCAUUUUAAAGAAAACAAUGGAAUGACUACUAAGCCUCUAUGUUUAUUUAAUGGACUCACAUGCCUCUCUACCUCUUCGGCUGCUACUAAGGAAAGAAUAUUUUUAGGCCUGUCAGUUUUUUAGGAAGGUGAUUUUAUAAAUUAAAUGUUCUUAUGUUAUUAUUCCAUAAUAUUAAAUACCCAAACUCAGCAUUCAAAGAAGCUGAAGGAAUUGAUAAUGCAAAAAGUCAAUAAUGCUCCUACUCUGAAUUGAUAUUGGAAGUCAUUUGUCACAGGGAAAUAGGACUUUGUAUUUUUGACUUUGAGUGUCCUGAGCCAGUCGCUUAGCUGUUAUUGUUAACUGGAAAGAAAUUUGUAUUGCAUCUUUUAUCUUGCCCCCCAAAAUGUCCCCUUUUGUGACCGUUCACAAAUUUAUACUUAUUUUAAAUGUAAAUAUAAAUAAAUGUUUGCCAUAGUA